AUGUCGUACCAACCUCAGGGAUAUCAGCAGCAGCAGCAGCAGCAGCCGCAUUACCCGCCGCCUCCUCCCCAUCCUCCUCAACAGCCACAGCAACAGCAACAGCACCAUCCGCAGCAGCAGCAGCAGCAGCAACAGUCCUCGACCGACAGCGGCUCAUUCCCCGGCGGCAGCUACAACAUCGCCCACCGCGACACCAAUGCCAUCCUCAAUGUGAACCUCCAGCCCGGCGGCACCGUGCGCUCCAAGUCGGGCGCCAUGAUACACAUGUCCGGCACCAUCCAGCUCCAGGGCAACAUCAAGUUCUCCAUGAAGAAGCUCUUCACGGGCGGCAGGAUGUCGGAAUCGACCUACACAGGCCCGGGAAGGCUGGCCCUCGGCCCCACGCUCAUGGGCGACAUCAUCACCCUGCACGUCGACGGCCGCACGCCCUGGACCGUGGGCAAGGACACUUUUCUCGCCUGUACCCCCGACGUGGCCAUGGAGACCAAGUCCCAGGGAAUCAGCAAGUCCAUGUUUUCCGGCGAGGACUUGUUUGUGUAUCGAGUGGGCGGCCAGGGUCUGCUUUGGCUGACGAGUUUUGGGGCCGUGGAUCGUCUGGACCUCCAACCUGGCGAGCAGCAUAUUGUUGACAACGGACACCUCGUGGCCUGGAGCUGCGACUAUAGGAUUGAAAAAGCUGGCGGUGGUGCCAUGAGCAGCUUGAAGACGGGAGAGGGCUUGGUGUGUCGCUUCACUGGGCCAGGCGCUGUCUAUGUGCAGACGCGGAAUAUGGACGAGUUUGACUCGUACAUCAGCUCCCGUAGCAGCUCCUAG